AUGCCAUGUGAUCCAAUUGAUGAAAAUAUCAAACAAUUUGUUACUGGAUCUCAAUCUUUGCUUAAGUCUCUUGAAAACUUUAUUGCUAAAAGUUUGAAGAUUCACGUUGAUUAUCUGAUUGCAAUUCGUAAUCAAGAAAAGCCAUCUUACAGUGAAGAUGUCUUGAAGAAAAUCAAGAAGCUUAAUCAACUCACUUUUCAUUUAACUAUUCCAUCAACAAGUUGA